AUGGCAUCCAUGGACGUAGAAGCCGACGAGUAUAGAUAUAUGCAGGGCUUGAUAGACAAGUAUUCAGAACAGGAUCAUUGGCCAAACGCCAUCGUAAAGUGGCAAUAUAACGGAAGCCUAUCAUACCACUCGACUCUAGUUCAUCGAGAUGUAAUUGAUGAAUAUUCCCCCCUGGUAUCCAACUUGCUACUCGAAACUUUAAAGUUCCCCAGAGACCGCGACGCUCCACCAGUCAAAAUCACGAUCCCUUGCACCUCUCAAGUCACAUUCCACCGUAUCAUCGCAUGGAUUUACCAUAGGAAACUUGGAACCAAGGAUUUCCCUUGGCCUGAGACACGAGAUCAGCUUGUUAAUUGGCCUCAAAUGCGUGAAAUGUUUCACACGGCUGAUUCUCUGCAUAUGACAGAGCUAACGGUUGAGCUUGGAGAGCAGCUGACAAGUGCUCUUAUUCAUCAUGCUAGAGUUUUACCGUUCAAGGAAGAUUCUGAAUUCAAUGUUGAUACUAGUCCAACAGCUAUAUGUCGUUACAUCAACCAGGUCUAUAACUACAAAGGGAGGAUUGGAAUGCAUGGGUUGAUACAUGUGUUACUUUCAACAAAGAGUGGACAGGAUAUAAGGAACAUUGUGGAAAGGACACGGGAUAGUGAAGAUCGAAAUGAGGAGUUUUUCAGGUUAUUGGAGUUGGCGGGGAGAGAAGUCGAAACUAUGGCAAAGGAGAAGUGCUCUUGUUUGUGGAUAGAUAGGAAUAUGAGAACUACUUAG